AUGGCACAAACCAGCUGUCUCUGUCAGUUCAGCUAUGCAGCAACCAACAUCACCAAUCACAUCCACAAGGCACACAGUGGCGAGCAAGUCAGUCAGGAGGCAGCUGGAGCGGUGGGUCUGGCUGCCUGUAGCUGCGGUCAGGUGGUGUUGAAUGUCACCGCUCUGAGACGGCACCAGGGGAUCAGAACAUGCCAGAGCGGACAGAGCCAGCCAAUUAUUGGCUCAGCCAGCACGGAUGGGCCAGAGCCAGAGCCAGAACCACCGUCACCAAGGCUGCUGGACCCUGAACUGGACUUGGAAUUUCAGGAUAAUUUCCUGCCAGACGCGUCUCCUGGCCCAGCGCCUGAAAUUCAGGACAUUCCGACUCUGGCUGACGUGCCAGCAGACCACUCUCCCUCUCUGACACUCUCAGCAGUUCACUGA